AUGCGCCGCCUGCAGGAGGCAGGGUACCACCCGCCCCAAGCGCACUCCACAGCCGGACCCUGGGCACCUACUAACCUCAAUGACCCCAGUGUGAUCACAGAGCCCCUUCAGAGUGAGAGCAGGGAGGAGACGCCAGCACAGGUGCACGAGGUCCAGACUGGCUGGCUGUGCAGAGGGGGAGACCAGACCACAAGUCAAGAAAAGCAGACGGCCCCGGAACCGGGAAAAGGCAAGAACGUUAACUUACAGUCUCCGAGAAGGAUACCGGGGAGGGGGGCGGGGGGAGGCCUUUCCGCCCAGUGUGAAGCUUCUUCAGCCAGCCGCGGCGGAUCUAAGCCUAUGAAUAAGGCUCCGGCGAGUUCUGUGCCAUACAACCAGGUUUCGAUUAUUAAUUUACGCAUCCGCGGCCCUCCGGCACCCUCCGAGGGCUGUGCUGCGCGGGUCACCAGCCCUCCGACGUCGAGCGGCCGGGCUCUCACGCGCACAACUUCCGAGCAGGCCGAGGGCCCGGGCUCCGCGAGCAAGCAGCCCGGAGGGCCGCGCGGGGGGGACGCGGCUCCCCGACCUUCCCCGGCGCCUCGCCCGGCGGCCGGGGGCAGCCCCAUCAACCCCUGUAACCCGUGGCAUUGUCCUUGCGGAGGACCGCGGCCGCUGUUCCCACACUGGCCCCGGCUCCCGGGAGGCCGCGGCCCCGGCCCCCCAGCCCUCCGCAACUUUCCCUUCGCUCGCGCCCGCCUCUCCUCCGGGACCGGGGCCUGUCGGGCGCCCUCCCGCCCGCCCUCCCUCCCUUUCCCCCCCGCCCCGACCCCGGGCGGGCGGCCGGCCGGCCGGCCUCGGGCCGCGGCGCCUCCUCCUAAAAUGGCAGGUCCCUCCCUCCGCCCGGCCGGCCUCGGCGCGGGCCCCGGCUGCAGGCCGCAGUGGGGGAAGCCGGGCCGCCGGGCGCCGGGCGGGGCCGCGGCCGGACACUCACCGGGACGAUGGCGGGGCGCUCGCGCCGUUCCCUCCGGUGAGUUUCUGCCGCCGGCUUCCCGCCGCCGCCGCCGCCGCUGCGCCCCCGCCGCGGCCUCCGCCGCCAGCGCCGCCCCGGCCGCCUCUCUCUCCGCCCCCGGCGCUCCCGGCUCCGCGGUCUCCGAGCCGCAGCCUCCUCAGGUCUCGCUGCCCGGCUCGCGGGUCCGAGCGGCGCCCGGUGGGGCGGGGGUGUGUGUGGAGGCCGGGGAGGCGGCAGCCCCCCUCCCCGGCAAAUACCGCAGUCCCCGGACCCCGAGCCCCGCGGCGCGGCGGGGGCCGCGCGGCCCGGCCCGGCCCGGCGCGGAGGGCGGCGGCGGCGGCAAGGCCGGGCUCCCAGUCGCGGCCGCCAGCGGCGGCGGCUUCUUCUUCCCCGAGGACGAUUUUGUAAAUCUCACAAAAUGGCGCGCGCUCCAAAGCUGCGCAGCGAGGAGCGCCGGGGCCCGAGCGGCGGCGGCGGCGGCGGCGGCUCCUCAGCCAGGAGAGCCCGAACCGCCCGCCCCCGAGUCCCCCCGGGGGGCGGGGCCUGUUGCUCGGGCAACGGCAGAUUCCGUUUCCCUCCUUUUCCCUCCGUUCCCCCACCCCUCGGCCUCCGUCCCCUACCGACCAACCACCCAGCCCCCCUCAGGUCACGUGAAGGAUAAAUUCGGAGCUCGCUACGAGUGUCAGAGGAGGGCGCGUGAUUCGCUCGGGGGAGGGGAGCGGAGGGGGGACGGCCGGGCUGAGCGGAGGGAAGGGGAAGAGGAAGACAGGGCAGGCGGGCGGGUGGGGGCCGAGGCGGCGGCCCGGCCUGUGCGCGAGCACCCGCCGCUUCCCCGGCCACCCAGCCGCACCCCGGCCCGCGCGUGCCGCGCCCGCGCUGACUGCGGUCCCGGGAGCGCGCGCGUCCCGGCCUGCGCGCCGCCGCCGUCGCCCGCGGAGCCCGGCGCUUCCGCGUCGCGCGCGUGCAGCCCCGCCCGGGCCGGGCGCGCCGCCGGCCGCGCCCGCCCGCGGACUCAGCCUGCGCUUGGACCGGCUCGCGUGCCCCCCUCGCCGGAAAAGAUGCCCACGGAGGCUGCGGCGGCGGCGGCGGGGGGUGGGGAAGAGGCCGCCUCCGCGCUUCAGACAUCUCAGGAAUUCCGGACUCUUCGCCCGGGUUCCGGGAUGCCCCUGCGGCCGACGCCUCUCUUAAACCCUGGCGGUCGAUCUUUGCAGCGGCCGGCGCCGGCUUUCAGAAAUGACGGACGAAGCCAUCAUAAGCACUCCAGGCUUUUCCACGGAUUUCAACCCCCCCACCCCCCAUCCCUUUCGGGGCGCAGCCUUCCUUCCCCAUCGGAAUGCCCCGAAAAUUGA